AUGAGCUUUGGCAUCCGAUGGACCUCCAACUCCCUGAAAGCGUGCCAAAAGGUCGGUAUUCAUCGCCUUCUAAAAGAAAAUCCCGAAGCUUGGCAUCUCGAAAUGGUUGCAGUUCAUCCGUCACUACAGGGGAAGGGAAUUGGAAAGCUCGCUAUGAAAGCCGUCUUUGAUUAUGUUGACCAGGCACCAAUUCUUAUUGAGUGUUCCAGUGAGAAAAACCUUCCGUUUUACAGGAGUCUCAACUUUACUACUUUGGAGGAGGUCGAGAUGGUGGAUGCUCCUCAAUUCGAUGGAGACACCGGACGAGUCAAGCAAUGGUUGAUGAUACGCGAAUUCAAAUGCUACGAAAGAAGGUAG